CCUCCCUGCCUCCCGCCCCCCGGACUUUGAGAACCGAAAAGCGUCGAGAUUAGUGAGCAGCCACGGACGGCAGCGGCGAAAGGCUGGACAGACACAGUCGGAUCAGAGUCGUGCAGUGCGUCGUUCACAUGCCAUCUGGACGAGCGUUAAUGAAAAAGUUGAAGAAAACCUACAUAAAUGAUUCUGCUGUACUCUGAAGCAUGCUGUCUUAAAAAUACCUAUGCAGGUGGAUCCCACACUGAUGAAUGUUGGGGAUGGAGGAACGGUGAGCAGAGAGAUCAGUGCUCCAAAUAAAGUCAGCACAACUAUGGUGGGAAAUCCCCCCCAGACACUACCCCCUGAAUUUAGAGGAGAUGUUACCCUCAGUCAUCAGAACAAGACCAUUGCAAAAAAUGCCAAGACAUUAAAAACUAGCUUGGACACUUACAACCACAGUACUGGGCUUUCUUCUCUUCAACAGCUCAACAGUGCACCUGUGGCAUGCUCAGCUCUCACUGCAACAGACAAAAGGACUGACGUCCCUAAAACUAAGGCCGACAACACUGGAGUUUUCUCUUCUCCUCAGUGGUCGAGUGGUGUCAAAGUUGAUGGAGAAGAAUCACUGAGCCCCUGUCACAGCAACAUGACAUCUAGUAACCAGUCAAAGACACAAAUGCAGUCUCAAAGUGCUCCUCCUGGGUUCCAUUGUUCCACAAUAUUUAAACCAACCCAGUCUGUUGCCUUCCUCCCUUCUGCUAAUUUUUCUUCCCUUUGUAAAAUUACUCUUCCGCCAGCACUAGGUCAGAUUGCUGCUUUGAGAGAAGCAACAGCAAGUCAGUUUCAGAAAAAAAUUCAGCCACAAAGCUCUGGUGGGACACCUUUAAUACGGACCUAUCCCUAUCCUUUUACUGCAGGUCGGACCUCAUCGUCUGACAAAAAAGUGGAUGCAUGCACCUCAAAACAAAAAUCAAGCCAUUUGUCAAACAAGAACUCUAAAUCAGUAGAGCACAGGUCUUUAGCUUCUGUGGUAGCCUCACCAGCUAUUGCACUCCCAGUGCAGCAUCCGUCAUUAACAUCUCUUGCCCCCACCCAUUACACUAUGUCCCCAACUGCAGCAAUUUGCUGUGGCUCUGCACUAGCUAACCUCGCCUCUCAGGGCAGACUGUUGAACUCCAUAGACAAAAGCAACAGUAUAGACAUGACAACCAUAACCCUGAUGAAUUCAAGUAUCCCCCCGAGUUCAGAUGACCAGGGGACUUCAUGCUCAAAUGAGUCAAGGGAUGUACCACUUGAUUUAUCUGCAAAGUCAAAACGUCCUAAAUGCAUAAAAGACCCUUCAGGAAGCCCUGCAAUUACUUUUAAAGAUGAAUUGAAUCAAAACAAUUUUGUCAGUUCAAAAAGGACUUUUUCUUCAACGUUCAGUUCUCCUGUGCAGUAUCCACUUUUACCUCACACCCACAGAAAUGGAUCUCAUCAAAAACUAUUAAGGGCACCACAGAAUGCUCAUAUUCUGGAUGCCAAACCCUGCUGGUCAAAAGGCUCUUCACAAGACCCCAUCAAAAAUAUUCCAGGCACAUAUGUAGGUGUGGCAAGCCCCAUUUUAGCAUCAACACUUAGAGGCCAAGAUGGCAAAGGGACUUUUGCUGAUGAAUUUCAGAGUUUUGCAAAGCAGGAGUUUAUUUCCAUUAUUGACCAAGGAGAGCAUAUGGCCUCAGAGGAACAUAAGCCAUCUUCUCUGAAGAGUGUCAAAAACACCAGCACAAAAAUCCCAGCAAAGUGUCUCUCCAAAGCUACCCUGACUUUGGCUCAAUCUAGCUCUGCAAAUAAACAGAUCCCUAAAUCUGGAAGUGGCAAAAUGGCUGUACCAUACCCUCUUACUGUUGUCAGUCCUUCUUGGCAACAGCCAGAAGAUUUCUCACAACAACCUUUGACACUUCAGAGAAGAAACACAUCAGCAUCCCCAAAGAGCAAGAACCCGCCAGCCCUUGAUGAAUCUAAGAAUGCAGAUUACAGCCUGCCCAGCUCAGAAGAUAAGUGGCAGAAAAUUCAGUCUCCUCUGUCUAAUCUUGCUUCUAUUGUAAAGCAACAGUCUUUGGAUACAGCAAUGUUUGUAAGUGAAGGAAAUGCUAAAUCCCCACCUGCUACAUCUAGGAAAACCAACAAUCUAGAAAAGUUUAAAGGUAAUCCAGAUAUUCAAUGUAAAGAUAAUUUGGAGACUCCACCGGUAUGGUCGGUGGAGAAAUGGCCCUCCACCUCUCAAAGGGAUGUAUCUCAUGUAACCAAGGCAGUAAAGAAACUUGAAAAGUUAACAAAUGCCACUGAGACUAUGGACGAUCCCAGAGCGAUACAGAGCAGUCAAGAAGAACAUACAACACCACUAACAAAGCAGACCAUCUUAAAAUCUACUAUCAAAUCCAAAGUCAUUGAAAAUAAUUCAUUAUCUGGGAACAGGAUGGAGAGUAAAUUAGCCCAAGUUUUGGAGGGGGAGAUACUGAAGAGAGACAAGGGAUCCCCAGAUAUUUCAACUCCUGAAAAAUUGGAGGGGACUGUUGCAUCUAAUGUUACUGGCUGCUGUGAAGAGGGAGGCAGCAGCACUGAGAAUAAAUCAAAUGGAGUCAAUGAUAUGUCUCCAAUCAAAACUAAAGCUGCACCUAUCAAACAAAAAACAAAGAAACAAAGACCCAAGAAAUUACUGAAUUCACCAGUUGUCUCCUCAAAGAAGGCCACAUUAAAGGUUAAGAAGCAAAUUCACUCAGAUGGCAUGCCAAUAAAAGCCUCUCCCAGUAAAAAGCCAAGUUUGUUGGCAAACCAACUUUCUCAGCAUGGAGAUGACUUACCAGUGGUCAAGAGCAGUCCCAAAAAGCUUGAACAGCCAUGCCUUAAAGCAGUUUUAGAUGGCAACUACCGUCUCCAAAAAGCAAAGAGUCCCAUCAGAGCGAAUAAAGAAGCUGAAGCGACAGAGCAGCGUGUUCCCAGACUGAGGAGAGGGCGACGGCGGACAGAUGAGUCUCGACUUGACCUGUGGGGUUUUGCCACUCCUUCUCCACCACCAACACCCCCUCCUCCAGCCUCUCCUAUUCCAACUCCACCACAGGCACCUCGGCGGCCCCGAGGGCGCCCACGCUCAACUCCUCUGCCACAGCGAGGGGCUCAGGGCAAAGGCAAAAACACCAGUGCAGAGACAGAGGGUCCUGUUAAUAGGAAACGGCAACGCUGCAAAAACAAGAGGUAUCAAACUGGGGAUUACAUCACUGACAAAGACAAACUGGGUGAUGGAGAGCACCGACAUGAAUCUGUUCUGCACAGUCAAGAUCAUGACAAUGCAGCAGAUUUGCAGAAGUGUUUGAAUCCUCCUCCAUCCAGCCGUGAACCCCGAAGACUUUCACUGUCUCGGUCAGUGUGCUACCAGGAGCGCGAGGACUCUCCAGAGAGCACAGACAAACCUUCAGGGAAGAGGAAGUUCAAAAGCAAGCACUUGUGUCCCACUGAUGAAUACAAGAUAAAUCCUAAGCGUAGUCUGGGAAAGAGAAGUGGCUCACGCAUGGCGGAUGAAGAGUGCAGUGAAGCUAAAAAAGCAGCCAGCCUUCCAGCAUCUCCUAAAAAUUUGCCAUCACCUCUUUCUAAUAUCAAUGGUUCAACAGGAAAACAUAGUGCCUCAGAGUCACCCCCCAAAAGGGCCAUUCCCCCGGAGGUGCGCCGGCUCAUUGUCAACAAAAAUGCUGGAGAGACUUUAUUGCAACGUGCUGCUCGUUUGGGUUAUCAAGAUGUAGUUCAAUACUGUCUAGAAAAGGACCAACGGGAAGUGAACCGCCAAGACAAUGCCGGUUACACAGCACUGCAUGAGGCAUCUUCUCGAGGCUGGGUCCAGAUAGUUCAAUUGCUGCUUAAGAACGGAGCUGACGUCAACUGCAGCGCUCAGGAUGGGACACGACCUAUCCAUGAUGCUGUGGCAAGUGACAACUUGGCAAUCGUCUGGUUGCUUUUAAAUCAUGGAGCAGAUCCAACAUUGGCCACCUACUCCGGCCAGACCCCAGUGAAACUGGCACACAGCUCAAGCAUGAAGACUUUUCUAUCAGAAUACUUUACUGAUUUGCAAGGCCGAAGUGAGCACGACCCAGGUCUACAUUGGGAUUUCUACAGUAGCACUCUGUUUGAAACAGAGCAGGAGCCAUGCUGGGACUUCCUGCUGUCGGAGCAAAACCAGGAUCUGGAACAGGACAUGGGUGUGAGGACAGAGAAGGACCAUGACAAAGAUUGCCUUGUGUUUGAGUUCUCCUCUGAGCCUCUGCUUCCCUGUUAUCACGUCCAAGUGUCACUAACACAGGGUUUCUGCAACUGGUUCCUCCUGACCGAUGUCUUAAAACGUGUGAAGAUGUCAGCAAGAAUAUUCAGGGCACGCUUCCCACACUUGGAGGUGGUGAGUUUGCCUCAUGCAGAGCUCAUGAAGCAGGUCUCCGUGAGCCAGGUGAGCCCCGCUUUGGCAUCAUCGCACAAAGGUCAGAACAAAGACACUGAUGAGGAGGAGGAGGAAGAAGAGGAAGGACAUGUGGAUCUGGUGCGGUGUGUGCCUGAACUUCAGAAACUACUAGGCUCCUCUAUUUAUAUCCUUCAGGACAACGAGGAAGAGGAGGAGGCAAAUGAGGACAAAUUUAUUAACACAGGGAAACUACGCAGCCGGUAGCCUCCAACCAGCAAACAGACAACUACAUCCAUUUUUUACAAGUACUUGUUUAAAGCAAGCUUGUCUGCUAAAGGUUGGUUUAAUCCCAACCAACCAUAAUGACUUGACCCCCGCCUAUAACCUCUGACCUCUGCCAGAAGGUGAUUAAGUGAUCACAACACGUAAGGACCUGCACAUAGGAGUGGUCAGUACUGGAAAGCAGCUUUCAGGUUCCUAACUAUAGGUAUAUUUGAAUACACCAUUAGGUAACCUUUUUUACAAUUAUGUACAUGUGAGUGUAUAUGCAUAUCUUGCCAUCAGGGUUAACUCAUUUGGUUUUAUAAAUGUAUUCUUGUGGCAAGGGAUGGAUUCUGUUUUGGACUUGUGUUUGGGCCUGUGUGAAAGUUUUAUUUUUGAUGGGAUGUAAGUCUUGUUUAGAGGCCUGCUAGGUGAGCUAAACUGCAGACCUGAGGUUUUCUGUCCACCUUCAAGACAUGAGCCCUGCAAGAAGAGCCUGUGAUGCAUAGUAUUCAAACUGGUUACUCAUUGGCCUCUAUGGUUUCCAUUAAAUCCUGCUCAUUCAUUAAGUCCUUGACAUUAGGGAACAUUAUGUUGUCCACAUCUUACAGAAUGAGAGGCAGUCGUUUGUGAAAGUCAAUUAUAUGUGAGUGUUUGUGGUGCGAGGUGUGGCACAGUCCUCCACUCUGGUUCUGAACUCUUUAGUUCCUGUGGAUCUCUGCAGUCCAGUGCACAUGCCGUCACGACUGUCUCAUCUCCUCAAGUGUUUGGAGAAGGAGGAGUGCUUUGUGUUGCAGUGUUUCUUUACUUUGUUUGUUGUGCUUAAUUUAAUAGUCAUUAAUAUAUUUGACCUCUUGUAUACCUGACAAGUGUAUUGAGACAUUUGUAUGGUUGGUGCUUCAUUUUCAAAUGUGCUUUUUAGAAUUGCUUUGCUCCUAUGUUCAAACAGUAUUUCAAGAAGGCUAAAAGUACAGUUUUAGUGUACUGGUGCUGAAAAAGAUUUUGUGUUGACAAUCAAUGAAGUUUUGGUUUGAAGUCACAAACUAAAUAUUUAAGAUGAAGAGACUAAAGAUGUAAGAAAAUAUUGUUAAGCUGAAGAAAGCAAGAAAAAAGCCGACUGAAAAACAGUGCAAAGUUUUAUUUGAUUUUUU